AGCGCGCUGCGCAGUGACGACAAUAACAAAACACAGCAGCAGCGGUAGCAGCCUUGGUAGGAGCUGCCGAAACAGGGUGUUACUGGAAAUAAACAUCUAUUACACAAUCGGAGGCGAGGGGUAAUACAGCAGUUUGAACCGAUCAAAGCGUCUCUCAGCCCCAAAGUCAGAAAAUAAAAAAUGUGUAUACAUGUCGUUAAUUGAAACGGACGUUGUCGAUAUCUUCAUCAUAGAGCUCUGAUCGGAUUUAUCAUUACUAUAAAUACAUCAGUUUGUGUUACCAGCGUAGGAUUGUCUAACGGAGGAUGUGAUACGUGCCAGUCUGCAGGUUCCUUUGUGCAUAUGCCAAAGUGCAGCCGAACAAAUGUGCUCCUCAACUCAUGCACUUAUCUCUUGUGCCUAAAGGUUCUUAAACCACUAAAUGAAAAUCAAACAGCAAGGUGAAGAACGUUGGAGAAUUCAAUAUGAAGUUAUAUGUAUUCCAGGUCAACAAUGGAACCACCUUGACUUUUGACACUGAACUUGCUGUACAGACUGUAGCUGAUCUUAAACAUGCUAUCCAGAUCAAAUACAAGAUUUCUAUUCAAAACCAAGUUCUGGUUGUCAAUGGUGGAGAGUGCAUGGUUGCAGACAGGAGAGUUUGCAGUUAUAGUGCUGGCACGGAUACAAAUCCCAUUUUUUUGUUCAAUAAAGAGAUGAUCUUAUGUGAACGCCCUCCAACGAUUCCAAAAACAACUUUUUCAGUUGAAAAUGAAAUGGAGCUAAAAGUAGAGGAGUCCCUUAUGAUGCCAGCUGUUUUUCACACUGUUGCCUCCAGAACACAAUUAGCUGUGGAAAUGUUUGAAGUUGCCAAGAAGCUCUGCUCAUUUUGUGAACGCCUGGUACAUGAUGAACACCUACAACAUCAAGGAUGGGCUGCCAUAAUGGCUAACCUAGAUGAUUGUACCCUGUCCUAUCAAAAACUGCUCUUCAAAUUUGAAACUGCUUACAAAGGUUAUCAGCAAAGCAUUGAAGAUAUAAAACAGAAACUUACAAAUCUGGGUACUGCUGUCUCUGUUAUGGCAAAGAUCCCCCUCUUGGAGUGUUUAACCAGGCACAGUUACAAGGAGAGUUUGGAAAGAGGGAGCCCAUCUGUGGAUAGAGAAGGAACUGAGGAUGAAACAGAAGAAGACAAAUCUGCUGAAUCGGUGCUAUAUAAUGCAGACCCCAGAACUAAUAAUAAAUCAUCAGUUUCAUUUUCCAUAACAGCAGGAAAUCCAUCUCAGGACAGUGUUGUUCAUGAAGACAAAGACACAAAAAGUGACAGUCAAAAUGAUAUUCCUGGAGAAACUAGGCUUCAAGAGCAAGUCGACCAGACUUUAUUUAACGUCUCUCUGUUAGAUUGGAUUAAUGUACAAGAUAGACCAAAUGACGUUGAAUCUGUUGUAAGAAAGUGCUUUGACUCCAUGAACAGACUUGAUCCAAGGUUAAUACAGCCCUUUUUGUGCGACUGUCGAGACACUAUUGCCAAAUUGGAUAAUCAGAACAUGAAGGCCAUAAAAGGUCUUGAAGACAGGUUAUAUGCUUUGGACCAGAUGAUUGCCAGCUGUAAAAAAUUGGUAAAUGAACAGAAAGAACUUGCUCAGGGAUUUCUAGCCAAUCAAAAGAGGGCUGAAAACCUGAAGGAUACUUCUGUACUGCCUGACUUGUGUCUCAGUCAUGCAAACCAGCUAAUGAUCAUGUUGACGAACCACAGGAAACUUUUGGAUAUUAAGCAGAAAUGUACCACUGCCAAACAAGAACUUGCAAACAAUCUGCAAGUUAGACUUAAAUGGUGUUGUUAUGUAAUGCUUCAUGCUGAUCAGGAUGGAGAGAAACUUCAGGCUCUGCUUCGCCUUUUAACAGAACUUCUUGAGCGAAUUCGAAUUGUUGAGGCACUCAGUACAGUGCCUCAAAUGUAUUGUUUGGCUGUUGUGGAGGUAGUUAGGCGGAAAAUAUUUAUGAAACACUAUAGAGAGUGGGCAAAUGCUUUGGUAAAAGAUGGCAAAGAACUUUAUGAGGCCGAAAAAGCUAAAAGGGAGUCAUUUGGAAAAUUGUUCAGAAAAUCUUUUCUUAGAAAUCGUUUGUUUAAAGGACUUGAUUCUUGGCCUCCUGCUUUAUUUUGCACACGUAAGCCUCGGAAGUUUGACUUUGAGCUUCCUGAAAUAUCCAUAUGUGAUCUGCAGUUUUUGCAGUCUUGCUGUCCUCUAGAAGUUCAGCCUUUCCUCAGGGUUCCAACACUGUGUGACUUUGAGCCUUUAAACCAGCAUGUACAGAGCCUUCAGCAACUGGUUAAAGCUGCUCAGAGUGUGGACGAAAUGUCACAGACUAUUACAGAUCUACUGAGUGAACAAAAGGCAUCUAGUAGUCCGCCAACUCCAAGCCCCACGGCAGUACCAAUGGCUUAUAGCACAACAGAAAACACUUCUACCUCUUCCAAAACUCCACCAUCAUUAAGCUUUCAAGGAGCUUUGUGUCAGCCUUUGAGUCUCCCAGCCCCUUUAGAAGAACUGUCUCCGGAUAGCAUAGAUGCCCAUACAUUUGAUUUUGAAACAAUUGGCCAUCCUAAUAUGUAUCCAGGACUGAAGCAAGAGUCGUUAGAUCUGGACUCCUUAGCUGAAAGCCCAGAAUCUGAUUUUAUGUCAGCAGUUAAUGAGUUUGUCAUUGAAGAGAAUUUGCCAUCACCCAAUGUGAUAAGUGAUCCACAAAGUCCUGAAAUGAUGGUGGAAUCUCUCUAUUCAUCCGUUAUCAAUGCAAUUGACAGCCGGAGAAUUCAGGAUAAUACUACUCUUGAAAAAGAAAGUUCCAAAGUUGCAUUAUUAAAAGCAUGUAUUGAAAAGUACCGAUCCGCUGCUGAAGAAUCGUUGUCCAGUUUGAAGAGCAUUAAGGAAGAUCUUUGUCAUUUCCAAGGACUUGUACAAAAGGAGCACAGAGAUUUUUCCUUUGUUCUAAAGUCUGUUUCUGUGGAAGUUAAAAAUAUAAUUGAUAACAUUAAGAUUUUACAUGAAAAAGACUUGAAAGAAAUGCAUCAAAGUGAAUUGCACAUUUUAAAAAAAGAUUAUAGUGAUGAAGCAAAGAAAUUGCUUGAAGAGUCUGAAAAGAACCAGAAAGACAUGGAUGAAUUAAAAAAUGUUUUAAUGGAACUUGAAGGCCAAUUGAAAAAGAAAGAGGAAGAACUUUUGCUUUUGCACAGUCAAAUGGAAAUGUUUAUAGAGUCUGAGAAAAAUUCCAUGCAAAAGUUACAAGUUCUUGAAAAAACAGUUCAGGAUCAAAACAGUGAAAUAGCAGAGUCUUUAAAAGUUAGAGAUUUACAAAGUGAAGAAUUAUGUAAACUUAAGCAUGAGGUUGAACAGAACAAAAACACAUUAAAGCUUGAAUUGGAAAAUUUGGAAAAAGAACACCUCAGAGAAGUAGAACAGACAUUGCACAAUAGAUAUGCCAAAGAAAUAGAGGAAUUAAAAUGUGCAAAUCAAAUAGAUAAAGAUACUUUGAUAAAGGAUAACAGAGAGAAGUUAGAUCAUAUAUUGGAACGACAUCAUUUAGAAGUCAGUGAACAAGAAAAGCACAUAAAAGAUCUCGAAUAUUGUGUAUCUCAGCUUUCUGAAACAAGAUGUAAGCUUGAAGUGGAAAUGGCCUUAAAGGAAACUGAAUUAGAAGACUUGAAAAAGGUUUUUGAGGCUGUCAAAUCACAGGAACAAGACAUAAUAAGAUAUGAAGUUCAAAAAGAAACAGAAGCUUUAAAAAAAGAAAUCAGUAAUUUACAGUAUCAACUUCAAGCCAGAAGUGAUGAGUAUGAGGUAGGAAUUUCAGAAAUUAAAUCUCUCAUGAGAAUAGAAAGAGAGAAUUGUAUAUCCGAGUUGGUGGACAGGCAUGAAAAAGAAUCUUUUGCUGUUCAUUCUGAACUUUUAUUGAUACAACAGAAAGCUAUUGACAUUGAAAGGACCCUUAAAGAACAAAUUAGGCAGCUGCAAAAUGACUUGGAAAAUCAGGUUAAAACACAGGAAGAAGAGAAGGAAAAUACAUUGAAAGAGCAAAGACAUUUUAAGACUAUUAUUGGUGAACUUCAGGAUGAAAAAGAACAUCUAAGCAACACUUUAGAGAUGGAGAGACAAACUCUUCGUAAUGCCUUCAGUAAAGAAAAAGAAGAGGCAGUAAAAGCUGCUGUGGCAGCAGCCAUCAAAGAUCUGGAAACCCAGAAAGAAGCCAUUGAAGCAGAACUGUUCCAAAAAGUUAAAGAACUUGAAAGUCAAAUUAAAGAAGAUAGACAAUUAGACAGAGAAGCACUACUACUUUCCAGUUCUGAAGUGAGCACUGAUGAAAGGCUAAAUAUCACUACAGAUGUUAACACAGGAUGGGAUGAGGAAAGGUCUUCUUUUUUGGAACAGCUGAAAGAAUUAGAGCAAAGGAAGAAUGAAGAAAUGCAGCUUUUAAAGACUUCACUAAUUGCAGAGCAACAGACAAAUUUCAACACUGUUUUGACAAGAGAGAAACUAAAGAAGGAGCAAAUAAUAAAUGAAUUAAAUGAGAAGCUACAAAGAAUGAGUGAACAGCAAGAAAGAGAUAAAGACCUGAUAGAAACUCUUUCAGAAGACAGAGCAAAUUUGCUUCAAGAAAAGAAGAAAAUGGAAGAAGAACUUAACAAACUGCGUUCAAAUUCUUUGGUUUCCUCUGCGCUGUUUUCUUCUGCUGCAACAAGUGCUGACUUGACUGGGGCUUGUGCUGCUGAACUCCAUACUGACCCAGAAAGACUAGCCUCUGUUGCUGCCAUCGGAGAAGAGAGGAGAGUAGAUUCUGCAGUAGAGGUCAGCAUGAUGACUGUACAUGAGAAUCCAGCAAUGCUUUCAGAGGAAAAACAAAAGAUUCUUUUCUUGGAAAGAACCCUGCAUAUGAAAGAAGAAGAGAAUAAACGCCUGAAUCAGCGUUUGAUGUCUCAAAGCAUGUCCUCUGUGUCAUCGAGGCAUUCAGAAAAAAUUGCUAUCAGAGAUUUCCAGGUUGGUGAUUUGGUACUCAUUAUUUUGGAUGAGCGCCAUGACAAUUAUGUUCUCUUCACCGUCGGUCCCACUUUGUACUUUCUACAUUCGGAGUCUCUUACAGCUUUGGAUCUAAAGUCAGCCUCAGGUUCUCCACGAAGACCAUGGGUUCUUGGAAAAGUAAUGGAAAAAGAAUAUUGUCAAGCAAAAAAGGCACAGAACAGAUUUAAAGUUCCCUUGGGCACCAAGUUCUACAGAGUGAAAGCCGUACCAUGGAACAAGAAAGUAUAGCAUGAAAGACAAAAUCUUGAUUUAUAUUUUUUACUUUUUUUCCCUUCUCAGAAACAAAUUUCAAAUCAAUCAUGGUUAUCUGCCCUUUUUUCACUAUUCGCCACAAGAAGGUGUAUACUCGUGAUGCAGUUCUUCAGCAAGCCAUUGCGUUGAAUCUUUUAACUCCUGGUGUGAAUAUGUAAAACCGAAAUGAUGUAUUAACUUGCUGGGCUUUUAACUGUCUGUCUUUACCCAAAAGACUUAGAAAAAUGUGGACCAAAUUAUAAUUUUUGUUUUCUUUUAAGGGCAUGCCCAGUACAUAGUGGCAUAUUAGCCAUGAUGUUUGUCUGUAAAACGAGCAUAAAGUAUUUGGAUGUUACAUAUUAGUUUUCAUUACUACCAGCAUUUGUCCUUUUGUGGGAAAAUAUCAUUAUCAGCAUAUUUCUCUGUAAUGUUCUGAAAAUAUAAAUUAUCAAGAUUUUAUGGAGGAAUGUUCAUGGCAUGCAUAUAAUUUUUUUCUUUAGUUUGCUUCUGUAGACAGUAAUGUAGAUAUAAAGUAUACUGAACGUUGUUUACAGCAACCCAGUAUAAAGGCCCUCUGUUAUUACAGAAGUGUAUAUUCGGACAGACUGAAGAAUUCAGUCAUCAUCACAAUCUUUAAAAUGCACUUUCAGAAAAUAAAGACUCAUGAAUUCAGAAAGGGAAGGAAGCCCUUGUGCUGUCUGCGGUGUCGACACAGUACUACAACUUCCCGAUAUCACACAACUGCAACUGUAGAAAGGAAGAUUUCAUAUUGGUGAUCUUGUGUUUCAUUAUUGAGUAAAACUUCAUUGUAUAUUAACCAUGAACAAGUCAUAUAAAUAACAAAAAAUACUGUAUUGUAAAGGAGAUAGAAUUUUGGAAAAUAAAGGUUUAAACCCAAAAA